GUCAGGGUUGCAGCCCGUAGAUCUCCACUGUUCAUGUAGGAUGCAGCCCGCCGCCUGGUGACAAACCUGCGGUCAGCAUCGCUUUAAGCCCACCUACCUGCUGCACCUCCUCUCUACCGCUGACUGAGGAGUCGUGAAGAACAUCCCACCCGGAUCUCUUAUUAACGACCUCUCCGUCUCAUCUGCAGCAAGGCUUCCCGCACAGCAUAGCCCUAACAGAAAUCACAGAAAUGGAGCAAGUUGAUGUGAGCCAAAACAAAAUGGAGGAGGAUGGACCAAGCCGUGGAGCGGAGGGAUCGUCAGCACCUUCAGGCCAGGACGCAGGCACUGAUUCAGGCGCCGGCCAACCUCCGGCGCCUCCAAGACCUCGGCGGCCCCAGAGAACUGCCAGGGUUGAGGGAUCUGUAGAUAUUUCAGAACCUAGAGUUGAACCCAACACAGAAGUCGGUCCAUUAAUGAACCAGAAUCAGAGCUCUCCUGACGGCGCUGUGGUAAGUCACACUAAACCGUCGCGCCCUGUUGGCGAGCACACCGGGCCAAGCAUUAAGGCAGGUCCAAAGGGUCCAGGUCACCACCCGGUCAGAGCAGCCUCCAUGCCCCAACCACCUGUCCCCUCCCACCUGAACCCGCAUGCACAGAGAGCCCUGUCUGUGGCUGGCACUGCUGACACUCAGCCCCAGACUCUGGAGGACUUCAGGCUGCACAUCAUCACCUGGAACGUGGGCUCCGCCACGCCGCCCGAUGACAUCACCACUCUGCUGGGACUGAACGUGGGGGACGGAAACACUGACAUGUACAUCAUAGGGCUGCAGGAAGUGAACUCCAUGAUUAACAAAAGACUCAAAGAUGUCCUUUUCACAGACCAGUGGAGCGAGGUCUGCAUGGAGAGACUGAGCCCCUUUGGUUAUGUGCUGGUGACAUCCCAGCGAAUGCAGGGCCUGUUACUGCUGGUUUUUGCCAAAUACUUCCAUCUGCCUUUCCUCCGUGGAGUCCAGACGGAGACCACCCGCACAGGGCUGGGGGGUUACUGGGGCAAUAAAGGUGGUGUUAGUGCCCGAAUGAUGGUGUUUGGCCACAGCAUCUGCUUUCUGAACUGUCACCUCCCUGCUCACAUGGAAAACCACGACGAGCGCAUGGAGGACUUUGAGAGCAUCUUGCAGCAGCAGCAGUUUGAGGGCCAGACAGCCACUGGUGUUCUGGAUCAUGAUCUUGUGUUCUGGUUUGGAGAUCUCAAUUUCCGCAUUGAAGACCUGGAAAUCCAAGCUGUAAAAUCAGCCAUAGACAACAACAAGUUCCCCAUGUUGUGGGAGAAGGAUCAGCUAAACAUGGCCAAAGACAGUGAGACGGUAUUGGAAGGAUUUCACGAGGGGCCGUUGAAAUUUCCCCCCACCUACAAGUUUGAUGUUGGAACAAACACAUAUGAUACAAGUGGGAAGAAGCGUAAACCAGCUUGGACUGACCGGAUCUUGUGGCGCCUUAGGGCCACAGCGCCAGCUGCUCAAAAUGUGGGGAAGCGUGGUUCGAUUUCAGGACUGACCAGCGGGAUCAAAGUGACACAGCAUUGCUACCGAAGCCACAUGGAGUACACCGUCAGCGACCAUAAACCAGUGUCGUCCAUCUUUACCCUGCAGUUCCCAUACAGGGUGGACAUUGCUUUGGUCACUCUGAUAGUAGAGGAUGAGUGGAACAGUGUUGAAGAUGCGAAGGUGAUAUUCAAAGUGGUGCCCAACUUCUCUCGCAGCUCAUGGGACUGGAUCGGAUUGUACAAGGUGGGUUUCAAGCACCAUAAAGAUUACGUUGGAUAUGUGUGGGCAAAGCAGGAUGAGUCUGAUUUUCUCCGACAGGAACAUGAGGUAACCUUUACAGAGGAGGAAUUACCCAAAAGCUCAGGGGACUUUAUCUUGGGUUACUAUAGCAACAACAUGAGCACCAUUGUAGGUGUAACAGAGCCAUUUCAGAUCCAGCUACCCACUGUCGACCACGAGAGCUCUUCAGACAGCUCUGAGUUCAGCUCAGAAGACGAUAGCACCAUUGUCAUGAAGAUGAGGUCACGCAGUCCAAGUCCACAUAAGGGCAAACGCUGCGGGCACCGGAGCGGCAGCCGCAGUCACUCUGGGAGUCGCUCCAGCAGCCCCGCAGAGUCCAAGGUGAAGGCACUCAGCAUUACCGACGGGGCCGCUGCAGGGAGCGGGUCUGUUGGACGCCCAGCAGAGGGCAGCAGUAACCAGCCGUCUGAUUCCGGGAAAACAGACAAAAAAGCGAAGGAUUCAGGAAUGUGAGGGUGUUUUUACAGAUUACAUAACCAACUGUUGUGUCUUUAUUUCAUACAUUCAGCGCUCUGUAUGUUUUCUCUGCAGAAAAUAUACAGUUUAUAUUGCCAUCUUUUUCAGGAAUAGUCAUCUGGUUUGUCAGAUGGUUCUACUUGGCCUUGAGUAAUUCUAUUAAGCUGUGCACUUGGCAUGUUUUAUUUAUUUUCUAAACCUUUCACUCUGUCAGUGUUUUCUCUACCUUUGUCCGUUCUCAGGUGUAGACAGUACAGGAAGCUGACAACCUGCUUUAAGAUUUACUCGCAGAUCACAGUUCUAAAGCAAUCAGUCAUCACUAUCACAGCAGUAUUUGAUGUAUCAAGAAGUUGGCUCUGAGUAGUGAAAAUAAACAAGGUGACAUUUAUGUAUUCUGGAACAGGUAGGCCUGAUAGAAGUGAAUUCAAACUGUGUACAGUGUCUUACCAAAGUAUUUUUUUACUCCUAAAAAUUGUAAACAUUUUAUCACAUUACGACAUUAAAUUAUGGGAUUCUAUGGGAUUAUGGGAUUCUACCUUUGCAAAGUAGUCCUUAUUAGUGUUUUUACAAAUCCAAAUUUUAAUCACACUAAAAAAAAAACAUUUUAAUAAACAGCUUUUUCAACGCAAUGCAACAGAUGAAAGUCUUCUUGCACAUGUAGAUGCUAAAUACUUUGUCAAUUCUUUCCAAAAAUCGAGCUCUGUCAAAACAUGUCAAGUCUCGGCAUAGAGUCUAAACAUGCAGUCAGAAUUUGGAUGCAGACAUGAAUACGAUUCAAACAUAAAUCACAGAUGCAGACCUUCAGGAAUAAAGCCAGCAGUGUAGGACAACAGGAGUUUUGAUGCACCUGAGGGUUUAAACAGUGCUAUAUAAACUGAUCCAAACAUCUUUAGCUUUAUCCCCGACUGUCUGCUCUAUUCCUUGGUCUUUAAUGAUACUUACAGAUAUUUACUGUUCUAUAAUACACAUUUGAGACUAUGACUUUACCUCCACCUCGCAAUCAUUAGGGAUGUCUGUCACAUAAAAUUCCAGUAAAAUACACUAAAAUACUUUUGCAAGGCACUGCAUUAACUCCUUGCCAGUCUGAAGAGGGUCAUUCAGGUGUGGGAAUGAAAAACCAGGUACAGGACUCAGUUUCAACCUUUGCAUUUCUAUUUCAAGGACAUAGAUGGGAAUCAAUUGCUUAGUUAAAUGAACAAAUGAAGGGAAACAAGGCUGGCUUUUUACUUUCUGGACCUCAAUUGUCCACCUCUGCUCAUGUUACCCGUUACUGUGCAGCGGAAGCUGUAUAACUUGGCUUGCCAUGCAGAUAAUCCCCUGCUUUGAUCAGUCAAGGUUCAUUAAGAUAUUGCACAAUUAUGCAGGGAGCCGUUUAUAAGAAAUGUGCAUUUCCUAGGUGCGUUAAGAACAGAGAAGAACCAAAGUGAGUCUGGAGCAAAGGUUCUGGAAGCCCUCAGAUGCACAACAUGUGCUAGUCUGAGGAGUAAGAAGUGAGCACCAGAAGUGAGCACCUUUAAAUAGUGUGGGUGGUGGUGUCGGCUGUCGCAGCACAGCUGCCUCGCCAGAACUGGUUGAGUAACUCUCGGCUGGGCCUGCACUACCAAGUCACAACAAUAUCUGAGCUGAUCCUGUGUGACUUUUUUUUUUCCCUGGACACAACCUCCUCAUAUAAUUAGUUUUUUUGGGUUUGUUUUUAAGUCUGUAUUAAAAAACAAAACACAACAACAUUUAAAUCAGGACGAUUCCCAAAGUUUAUGUUAAUGUAUUUAGCAGACGCAUUUAUCCAAAGCGACUUACAAAUUAGGCCUAAUGACCCACAC